AUUCAUUUCUUUGGUUGUAAGAGCUGAAUUCCCCCCCAAAAUCAAAGAGCUCCCCGUCCAUCUUUGCCUCUUCUGUGUUCUCUUGCUGCCGCCUUUCCGGCCGCCGGAGACUCAGAUUGCAGGAAAGACCGACCGGCAGCAGAGCGUUUUCCCCCCCUAUCCUAAUUGUACACCAUGCAGCACACCGGAGCCUUCGUUUUUGGCAUUCUAGGUAACAUCAUAUCAUUUAUGGUCUUCCUGGCUCCUGUGCCGACGUUCUGGCAGAUCCAUAAGAAGAAGACGAGCGAAGGCUACAAAUCGCUGCCUUAUCUGACCGCACUCUUCAGCUCCAUGCUCUGGCUCUACUACGCUCUCCUCAAGAAGCAAGACGCUCUCCUCCUCAUGACCAUCAACGCCUUCGGCUGCGUCAUCGAGACCGUCUACACCGCGCUCUUCAUCGCCUACGCACCCAAGAAAACCCGGGUGGCGACGAUUAUGUUGUUUGUCGGGUUGAACGUGGCGUUGUUCUCCACGGUGCUUCUGGUCAUACAAUUCGCGGUCAAGGAAGAUUACCGGGUGAACGUCCUCGGCUGGAUUUGCGUCGGCUUUGCCGUCGGCGUCUUCGCCGCACCUUUGAGCGUCAUGGCCACGGUGAUCAAGACGCGAAGUGUGGAGUUCAUGCCCUUCUCUCUUUCCUUCUUCCUCACGUUGAGCGCCGUCGUGUGGUUUGGCUACGGAGUUUUCAUCCACGACCUUCGUGUCGCGUGUCCGAACGUGAUAGGCUUCGUGUUUGGGCUGGCCCAAAUGACGCUCUACGCGGUUUACAGAAACGCCCACAUCGCCGACCAGAAGAAAGAGAACGAAAAGAAGCUUCAGCUACAGGAUAGUAAGUUGCCCGUGAAGAUGAAGAGCAUUCACCGGAGGAGCGGCCUGGGUACGCCGGAGGUUCACCCGGUCGACGGACAGAGCAACGACGACGAGGAAAGGGACGACGGAGACGAAGGUCGCGGCAAGGGUAACAGUAACGGUGGUGGGGGAAUUAGGAGGGACCAAGAUGACUCUCCAGUUUGAAAGUUGCCAAGUCAACAAACGAAAGAAGCUUCAUCAUCAAUUGUAUCCUAAUAUUAAAAAAAAAAAGCAACGAUAUUACUUACUCUUUGUACCUCUUAAUUUUUUUCUUCGUUUUUUCCUUCUUUUAUUUUCUGGGUUAUAAUUCUAAACAAGAAGCUAAUGAUCAUCAGUUGUACGUACGUACUUUUGUUCCUUUUUUUUUUCUUGCUUAUGGUAAUUUUGUACUUUGUUUUCUUUUAAAUGUAAGAUGGGGGAACAAUUUAGUAUAUAUAUAAUCUUUGCAGAUCUUUGGAUUACUUCACUUUUUCGUUCACUUAAUUCACAAUAAGUCGAUGCUUUAUUGGUUUGUUUCGUUCAUCUAUCCAUCUAAGUUUACAAAUAAAAUUGUGUAAAUAUUGUGAAAGUCUUAUAUAUAUAUGCUCAAUUAAGUCAUGCACAUUUACUUUGUUGUGUAUGAUAUUUAAUGACGUGAAAAAAUUAUUACUCAUUUGAAACCAAACUUUUUAUAUUUCCUAAAUUUUUCGUCUGUUUUUACUAGUUUUGCAUCAAUAAACACUAUUUUCGUUGGCCUUGCGUCUUGCCCUGUUGUCAUACAAGACAAGUUCCAAUAGCUGCUUUAAAUACUAAGAACUUCGUGUCCAUCCAGUCAGUAACCAAAAAAGUAGCUAAUAGUAUAGUUAGUAAAAUACGAUACGGGAAAGUUACGUAUAAAAUAUGUACGGGUAUUUUACUUCAUUUCUAAGUUAAUGUUACGUUUAAUAGUAUGUUAAUAGUCAUAAAUAUAUUAAAUUAAUUAUUUUAAAAAUAAUUAAAUAUAAAAAUAAUUGUAAAGAACAAUUUGAUCUAUUAAAUACGGAUAUUAAACGUGUCAUACGGGUUUUAUAUGUGUUUAGUACGGGAACCAUCAAAUGAACGGGGGAAAAUGAAACGGCUUGACAAUAAUACGGAUAUGGAAGUUUUAAAUAGAUAAAGUACGUACGGGUACAUAUACGUGUAUUAAAUUGAGUAUUUCUCUCGCAUUAUUUGGAUGGGGAUGUGGACUAGGAUUUUAACACAAUUCCUCAUAUUCUUGGAUUUUAUUACAAUUUUGUUUGGACAGACUCCAAAAGAUGGUGAAUUUGAUCAUGCAGAAUUUCAAAAAUUCUGCAAUUGAAGGAUUUCAAAAUAGUAAACCCUCAUGAAAUUUGAAAUAUUAUUUUUUUCUCCAACUCUAACUCUUCUACCCAUUCUCUUCCUCUCCUUCCAAGUUCCAACCCCCAAUCUGAAAAUGGCCACCUCCUUCAACAUUCUCCAACCUCUCCUCCUCCGUCGUCUUCCGACCUCUGAUGUGUCCUCUUCCACCGUCCUUUGACCUGUCCCCUUCCACUGUCUCUGAACAAAUCCUAAAAGAAGCCAAGAAGCAAAAGCGAGACUCCACCACCCAUAGCAAAUACACCGUACUCCUGACGUGCUCCCACCACCGUAGUUUUUUCCAAGCCGACUAUGAAAUUAUGUUCUUCGAUUGAUUGCAUCUAGGUUCUUCGAGUUUUGGAUUCUCCGAUUAAUUGCAUCUGGUGUAGGGUUUCGAACAACAACGAUGAUUUAUGAAACUCGAACCGGAGCUGGGACUUUGAAUGGCGGCGAUGUCUAGUUGUAAGUCGAGAGAGUGGUGAAUUCAGGGUUUAAGAAAUCUUCUUCUUCCUAGUUUUCAUCAACGACGGAAGCGAAAGGGAGGACAAUGAUGAUGAUGAUUUUGACCUCCUUUGGGUCUCUGGAAGACGAUGAUCUGAUGAUUUCCGUUCUCCGCUCAUCUGCAAUUUAGAGAAAGAUGGAUGAAGAAGACGAACAAUAAAGUACAAAAUGACUU